AUGGGACUUUGUAAAUGUGCAAAGAAAAAAGUAACAAAUUUAUUUUGCUUUGAGCAUCGAGUCAACGUUUGUGAGUAUUGUUUGGUGGAAAAUCAUUGCAAAUGUGUUGUUCAAAGUUAUCUGUCGUGGUUGGCGGAUAGUGAUUACGACACGAACUGUACGCUGUGUUCCACGCCAUUAGAAUCCAAAGAAACUGUUCGCUUGAAAUGUUUACAUUUGUUCCAUUGGGAAUGUCUGGAUGCAUGGGCACGUCGUUUACCGGCAAAUACAGCCCCAGCUGGAUAUAAAUGUCAGCAAUGUCAGGAGAGUAUAUUUCCAGCUCCUAAUCAAACAUCACCAAUUAUUAAGGGGUUACAAACCGCGUUGCAACAAGCCAAUUGGGCUCGAGCUGGACUUGGAUUAUCUUUGUUACCAGAACUUGACAAUUUACAGUCGCCAGCGUCAUUCAUUCCAUCAGGAAUGAUAAUACAGUCUACAAAUGAACAACAGAAUUAUGUUAAUGGGCACGAUGCUUUGCAUGAAGCAAACCUCAAUGUUGGCAAUAUUCGAAGUGAUACACCAGCUACUGUGGUUGAUGUAGGUGACGAAUACAACCAACAACGUCAAUUUACUGAAUUGUUUGUCAUUUACUGUUUACUUUUCCCAGCUAGAAAAUCUAUGAAUCUGAAUGAAAACAAUUAUGUGGUCACAAGUCCUCUAUUACUUUCAAAAGGUCGUGAUGAAGAUUUGCCGGAAAACAAGUAUAAACGAAGAUCAGCUAGUGAAUGGCUAAACCGCUGGUUUAGAUCACGUUACGGAAGGCGUCCUGUCUUCGAUCCUCAUGUGCAAUGGAAGCGUGGAAUUUUUUAUAUUAUAAUUUGCAUUAUAAUAGUGAUGACAGUAUUUACAGUGCUUACACGCCUAGUGGGUAAUCAAUCAAAUGAUGAUCCAGCGUUUAAUCCUCUCGCUAAUCCAAAUAUUCGUAUUGCAUUUCCCGAACAUAGUCAGUAG